GUUAUCGCUCAUUGAUUUAGCAGUGUGUGUGUUACAACGGGAAAGUGCAUUUUAAAGUCUUGCCUAGUACAGAUUAAUACUCUCAAGUUAAGGAAGCAUGAGUGCAAAUAACUUGUCUGCUGUGCUGUAUAAGAAAGGUGAUUUGCGAUUGGAGAACUACCCAAUCAAGGAACCAGGAUCAGGAGAGGCACAAAUCGCUGUCCAGAGAUCGGGUGUAUGUGGUUCUGACGUCAAGUUCUGGAAGGAUGGUGCCAUUGGUCCAUUUAAAGUCACUAAUCCGAUACUGCUUGGCCAUGAAAUCAGUGGCAUUAUCACUAAAUUGGGAAAAGGUGUUACACGUCUCAAAAUAGGAGACCGUGUUGCUGUGGACCCCCAUAUCACCUGCAGGAUGUGCGAGUUCUGCAAGUCGGGCCGCUAUAACAUGUGUCCAAACACGUCAUUCCUGGCCACACCCCCUUAUGACGGGGCGCUGACUAGAUACUUCGUACAUGCCGCAGAUUUCAUUUUUAAGCUUCCUGAAAACGUUAAUUUUGAUGAGGGUGCAUUUGUGGAACCCCUUUCCGUUGGUCUCCACGCAUGUCGCAGAGCAGGGGUCACUCUGGGUCACAAACUUCUAGUAACAGGAGCAGGCCCCAUCGGACUCUGUGUCAUACUGAUCGCUAAGGCGCUGGGUGUCACCACAGUUUGCAUAACAGAUAUAGACGCCUCCCGUCUGGAGUUUGCUAAGAAAUUCGGUGUCACUCACACAAUUCUGGUGAAGCCUGGUGAGAAAGAGGAGGAUUUGGCUUUCAAAGUGGCAGAUCUUCUAGGAGUGAUGCCAGACAGGACCAUUGAAUGUAGCGGGGCAGAGUUCGCUGUCAACCUUGGCAUUCAUGCAACAAAGCAAGGCGGCCAAGUUGUACUAAUAGGUGCGGGACAGUCGACCAUUUCAUUUCCAGUUUUGGCCGCACUUACCAAAUAAAUAGAUGUGAAAACUUCAUUCCGCUACGUUAACACUUGGCCCACAGUAAUAGAUAUGCUGUCCUGUGGUAAAAUUGAUGUUAAGCCGAUGAUUACACACAGAUAUACCCUGGAACAAUCUCUGGAGGCUUUCGAGAUGGCCAAAAGUGGACAGGGGGUGAAGGUCAUGAUCGACUGCGGACACUGAGGUCAUUUGUUCCAGUUUGCCAUUAUAGGACCGCACUCCUAGAUAUUUAAUCGGAUUUCAUCUACUGCCGAAUCAAAGUCAAAUGAAUACCAUUUGUUUUACUGUGUUACUCUAAUAAAAGUAUGCUAAUAAA